CCUUUAAAAGUUCAGUCUUCGAGUACACGUUAAUCUGUGAUAUUCGGAAAUGUUUUUUUUUUUUUAUUAAUAACUACUAUCACUUAUUUUCGUUGAAGUUGAUAAUAUUUUUAAUAUUCGUGAUAUAUAUCCCAUUGAGCCUAUUCUUCAUUAUGUCGAAAAAACAACAUGUCUUGUUGUUCAUGCAACUAAUUGCAUUUGCUAUGAGCGAUUGUAAAUCAAAUUUAAUAACGGUCCAAAAUUGGGGAUCGGCUAAUGGACGAGACGUAGAAAAAUAUACGUUAAAAAAUGAAGCUGGUCAAGAAGUGGAUAUUAUCACGUACGGUGCGACGAUAACUAAUAUCAAAAUACCAGACAAAUAUGGCAAUGUAGAGGACAUACUACUUGGCUUUGAUAAUAUCUCUGGCUAUUUAUCUUCCGAUAAUCCGUAUUUCGGUGCAACGGUUGGUCGAGUCGCAAAUCGUAUUGCAAAGGGACGUUUCGUUUUGGAUGGUAAAGUAUAUCAAGUAUCACGAAAUAUUGGCGAGAAUAGUCUUCAUGGAGGUACGAAAGGUUGGAGUUUUAAAAUAUGGAAUGCUACAAUCGAUAAUGACGCUGUCGUGAUGACCCUGUUAAGCGAGGACGGAGACGAAGGUUAUCCUGGAGCCGUAAUCGCAUCAGCAACGUUUAGAUUAUCGAACGAUGGAAGAUUGUGCAUUGAAAUGAAAAGUUUCGCUAGUAAACCCACUCCCAUUAAUUUAACUAAUCAUGCGUAUUUCAAUCUCGCCGGUCAUGGAACUAAUGCAAAGGAAUUGUACAAUCAUCGAAUCGUUCUCAAUGCUGAUCGUUGGACUGUUACGGAUUCAGACGGUAUUCCUACUGGAGAAAUUAGAUCUGUUAAGAAUAGCAUAAUGGAUCUUAGAAAACUGACGGUACUCGGUGAUGUCAUCGAUAAAGUACCUGGGGGCGGAUAUGAUUACAAUUUUUGUUUGCCCAAAAAAACUGAUAAUACCAAUAUGAAUCAAUUCGUUGCGGAAGUCGAACACACAAGUUCAGGUAGAUAUAUGAUAGUCCAUUCGAAUCAACCAGGUGUCCAAUUGUAUACAGCUAAUUCUCUACCUGCUGUUAAUACCACCGGUAUACUUGGGAAAGAUGGAAAACGUUAUUUUCGACACGGUGCUCUAUGUUUAGAAACACAAAAUUAUCCUGACGCUGUUAAUCACGCAAACUUUCCAAAUAGUAUUCUGAGGCCAGCGCAAUUAUAUUUGCACACUGUCUGCUACAAGUUUGGAGUUAAGAAGUAAAAGAAUUUUAUAUAUAUAUAUAUAUAUAUUUAUGAAAAGUAAAUAGGAGGUAUAAAUAAAUAAUAUUAAUAAUGCAUAUUGAAUAAUUUUUAUCGUUUAUGCUCUGCCGUUAAUUUUGUUAGAUGGCGUUGUAAGUUCAUAACUAGAAAGAAUGGUACUUAUCAUCAGAGAAGUUAUAUUUCAAAAUUAGUUUAAAUGUUUUACGUUAGGCGGUGCUAAAUGUUUGAUUUUACAGGGAUUUUUAUCAGAAUGAUUACCGAAUGAUUCCUGUUUAUCUACAUUUUUUAUGUCUGUAAAUGUAAUUAUUAAUAAUUUAUCUAUAAUAUUGUUUAUGGAAUCGACAUGAUAGCAGGUACCGAUUAUAAUAGAUAUUGAAAGAUGAUUUUGCAAAAAGAAAUCUAUUUCUCCUCUUAUAUUCAAAACUUAUAAUUAUACAUUUUAUUUACCAAAAUUAAUUUUCUGUAUCUUCACAAUUUCGGUUGUUUUCCUAGGUGUUCUAAUUAACAUUUAGGAAUGUUCAAAAUUCAUUAACGAUAACGCAAUCGUUAUUGCGCAAGACGUAUCGUCUCUUACAAAUAUUUUAACAAGAGAGAGAGAGAGAGAGAGAGAGAGAGAGAGAGAGAGA